UGAGUCUUUGUUCUCUCUAGGAUCAUUGUAGACGUAACACACAUAGGACAGCAUGGCUGAUGAACCUCCUGAGAAGAAAAUUAAACCAAAUAAACUCUCAAAUAAUGAGGGUGAAGAGAGAAUAAACUGGAGGAAACGGAAAGAACAAAAGAAAGAGGAGAAGAGACGAAGGAAAGAGGGCAAACUCAUCCAGCAGCUGGAGAAACAGGAGCAGAAACAGAAGAAAGAGGAGGAAAACAAGCAGCAGCUUCAGCAGAAAGAGAAGGAAAGUAAAGGUCGAGUGUAUACGUUGAGCGUGGCUCUGCCAGGCUCAGUGAUGGAUAACGCUCAGUCACCAGAGCUGCGGACGUACCUGGCGGGUCAGAUCGCCCGGGCGUGUGGUGUGUUCUGUGUGGAUGAGGUGGUCAUAUUUGACGAGCUGGGCGAGAACGCGAAGAGCGUUGAGGGAGAGUUCAGAGGCAUUGGAAAGAAAGGCCAGGCCUGCGUCCAGCUCGCACGCAUCUUGCAAUACCUCGAGUGUCCACAAUAUCUGCGGAAAUCUUUCUUCCCGAAGCAUCCAGACCUGCAGUUUGCUGGUCUGUUGAAUCCUCUGGACAGCCCGCAUCACAUGCGCAUGGAUGAGGAGGCGGAGUUUCGAGAGGGGGUCGUACUCGAUCGGCCCAGCAAACCGGGGAAAGGGUCCUUCGUCAACUGCGGGAUGAGGAAGGAAGUUCAGAUCGAUAAGCAGCUAAAAACAGGACUGAGAGUGACUGUACAGCUCAACAAGAACCAAAACAAAGAGGGGAGAGUGUAUAAAGGUGCAGUUGUGGCUCCUCACGUCCCGAGGACAGAAGGUGGGCUGUACUGGGGCUACAGUGUCCGACUGGCUUCCUGUCUCAGCGCCGUAUUCACAGAGUGUCCGUAUAAAGGCGGGUAUGAUCUGACCAUUGGCACGUCAGAGAAGGGAAACAACGCAGAUCACGUCACUCUAUCUCCAUUCAAGCACAUGCUGGUGGUGUUUGGUGGACUUCAGGGGUUGGAGGCCAGUGUUGAUGCCGAUGAGAAUCUGAACAUCACUGAACCCAGCGUGCUCUUUGACCUUUACCUCAACACCUGCCCCGGGCAGGGCAGUCGCACCAUCCGCACCGAGGAGGCCAUAUUGAUCAGUUUAUCAGGACUCAGGCAGAAAAUCGCAGCUGUAUUUCCUGACCUGUCCAAAGGAUGACCACAGGAAGUGCAUUUAAAGGACUAUAACUGUCAGGAAGUGCAGCAACUGGAUGAGCUGACCAAGUGUGCACUCAUAUCUGUAAAAUCAAAAGCCUUUGAACUUAUGAAUUUAAAGUGUAAACAGCUUUUGCAUUCUUUAUCAAUGUACAUUUUGUGAAUCAUUUUGUAUUGACUCUUUAUUAAAAUAUUACUUUGUAUCA